AUGAGCCCGUGCCUGCCUCUUCGGGGGGCCCAAUUCGUUACAGUCGUCAGUGUCUACGACCCCACAGUGACCAGCCCCAACGAGGCGAGAACCAAGUUCUACGAGGGCCUACACGCCUUCCUGCAGCCGCCGAGGGUGAACAAACUGGUUGUCCUUGGUGACUUCAAUACCCGCGUCGGCACAGGCUACGCCACAUGGAGGGAAGUGCUGGGCCUCCACGAUUUCGGUAGCUGCAAAGACAACGGCCUCCUUCUGUGA